UGCAAAAACAAGCCCAAUUUAAACCCAAAUCCAAUAAGGAAUUGAAAAAAAAAAUUAGAAAAUAUUUUUUUUUUCCAAGAAUUUGUUGAGUUUCUCCCAUCAGUUUCCAAUGAAGCUUAUAGUAUUUUCGCCAUUGAAGUGAGGUCAGUCCCACUGAAUCCCGUGGCCCCUCCUGCCUAUCUUCUCUCAUCUCACAGGUACUCCACCGACCCAUGGAGACAAGGAGUGAAAAUGAACCAGAAGUAGACAUCAAGGCAUCGGAAAUAAAAUAUUUGAGCUAUGGGGGUGAACAUCAUCUACCUCUUAUCAUGAACCUUGUUGACGAAGAGCUCAGCGAACCCUAUUCCAUCUUCACUUACCGCUACUUUGUCUAUCUUUGGCCACAACUGUCUUUUCUGGCCUUCCAUAAUGGGAAAUGUAUAGGGACGGUGGUCUGCAAGAUGGGAGAGCAUCGUGGUACUUUCAGAGGUUACAUUGCAAUGCUUGUGGUGCUUAAGCCUUACAGAGGCAAAGGAAUUGCUACAGAACUUGUCACAAGAUCAAUCAAGGUGAUGAUGGAAUCUGGUUGUGAAGAGGUGACUUUGGAAGCAGAAGUUACGAAUAAAGGAGCACUCGCUUUGUAUGGUCGGCUUGGAUUCAUCAGAGCAAAGAGACUUUUUCGCUAUUAUUUGAACGGUGUAGAUGCUUUCCGGCUGAAGCUACUGUUUCCCCGCAGAGAACCAGAACCCUUCGAUUCCAUGGCUUCUGUUGAUGAUGAGAGCCAUGAGUAUAAUGAGCACAUUCAUUGUGGAGAGAAUCCCUCUUGUUGUCAACACAGCAUGUAAACUAAAUAUUCUAUUUAAACAUGUUGCUUGUGUCUGUUGUUGCGCGGACUCUUCAAAAAUGUUGAGGGGUGCAUGUCAGAUACUCCAGAAGUAGUGCAUUUUGGAGAAUCGAGCAACAUAGACUUGUACUAUGUUGUUGCCAAAUGUCAAAGAGAUCACAUUAGACAGCCUUUUUCCUGUUAUAAUGCCCAAUUUUGGUAACUUAUGCUA